AUGGAUGUGUCAAAUGCCUUUCUUCAUAGAGAGCUUGGCGAGGAAAUUUAUAUGAGCUUGCCACAGGGAUACACUCCCCAUGAAUGUGUUAUCUUGCCUCCUAAUUAUGUAUGCAGACUUUGUAAGUCUCUCUAUGGACUUGAACAAGCGUCUAGGCAAUGGUAUAACCACAUAUUAUCAAUGUUACUGGGAGCUAACUAUGUUGAAUCUUCUGCUGAUACCACUCUCUUUGUCCGUGUUAUUGUGGUCUCUUUUGUUGUUGUGCUGGUAAAUGUGGAUGACAUUAUGAUAGCCAGCAAUAUUGAUGAGGCUGUUGAGAGCUUGAAAAGACUUUUACGGUUAAAAUUUCAGAUCAAAGACCUUGUUCCAACUCCUUUUGUCCUUGGCUUGGAGAUUGCUCUCGUUCAUCCACUGGAGUGUAUGUGUGUCAGAGGAAGUACGCACUAA